CGGAACGUGUGCGCGCGGGCGCGCGCUUGUGUGUGUGUGUGUGUGUGUGGCACGGCCGGUGGGUGCGUGCGCAGGAUCCGAGCACGAGCUUUUUUAUUUUUUCCUCGCUGGAGUUCGACCUGUGCGCAUUUUUUUUUUACGUAGGUUCAAAGUUUGUGCGUGUUUCUGUACACACGCUCCGGUCAGCAGGCGCGCGCUCUGCGGUGUAUUUCACAAAUACACACACGUGUAUAAUCUUCAUCAUUCGCGCGCGAGGACCGAGAAGAACAGAAUCACAUUUCUGCUGCGUCUCAUCAGCGUUUCUCCUCCUCCUCCUCCUCCUCCACGCCUCGGUGUGUGUGUGUGUGUGUGUGUGUGUGUGCGCGCGCCUAUAGCUGGCGCCAACUUCUCGCCAUAGGAAUGAGAUAAACACGCGCACGUACAGUACGUUCAAGAAGGAGGAGAAGAAGAAGAAGAAGAAGAAAGAGGAGGGGAAAAAAUCUCAGAAAAGUUCCAGGGGGACGUGAUAGCACGAGACAGAGAAGAGAAAGAGAGAAAACAAGCAGAAAACGGAAGGAGAGAAGUAAAUAGUGAGAGAAGGUUAAACAGAGAAGGUUGCAGGAGCGGAAGUGGAGAUUUAAAAAGAAAAAGCAAAACGAGGAGGCGCGAGACACAAACAACAACAACACAACCGACAGCGCUGUAGUGCUCAUGAUGAGGUUGCAUUAAUGCACGUGCACGCGGGAAAAAAAAAGAAAAGCGGGGAGAAAAAACGGUUCGCGGAAACGAGGGGAGGAAAAACACAGCGACGGAGAAGAGAAAGAAGAAGAGAAGCGCGCGCACGGACACGCACACUGAUGUGAAAAGAGAAAUGCAAAGGAACUCGGAAAACCAGAACAUCGUGUUUACGUGGUGAUUAAGAAGUAAAGGUCACACCUGAAUCAAAAAUAACUUCAUUUACAUGUUUUUUCAUGAACUACAGGCCUGAUUAAUUUAUAAUAUGAAUAUGCAAAUGAUCAGCACUUAAUUAAAAUAUCUGUCAUCCUAUUGGCUGAUGGAUGGAUGAGUAUUCGGGAGAUAAGUUUUUAUUCCCAGAAACACAACACUGAAAUGUAACCGAGUUAAAAGCACUUUAGGUUUAUAGAGAAAAUAAUAAAUAAAUAUUUACAGGACAAAAAUAAAUAUUAUUAUAUUAAAUACGGAUCGUUUCGUUUGACUCGAUUCUCUGACAGUUCUGAUUGGUUCUGGAGUUCUGGAUUCUGAUUGGAGUAGCGUUGAUUUACAGGUCUUUAUCAUAUGUUAGCAUUUCCAUAGCAACGGCUCGUUCACAGGGACUCGAACUCUCGUGUUAUUUGUCACGUUUAUGUAAGGAGUCUCCAGUGUCAGACGUGUAGACGAGGGGAAACGAGGUUUCAGUUUCAGAGACGCCCCUGAGGGAGCGAUCGACGUCAGGUGCAGAAACGUACGUGGGAAAAACCCGAGAAUUUCCUGUUCAGAUGUAACUAUAAUCAGAUAAAAAAACAUUAUUAUUAAAUUAAUUUUAUUCUUGAGUUGUAAUUAUGGUAACUGUAACGUCGCUUUAUCAUAUCACACACUACAGUCUCUGAUUAUUUUUCUGGUUCAGCGACACACGCGCACACACACACACACACACACACACACACACACACACACACACACACUAUUAUAUUCCUGACCUUUAUUCUUGCUUAAUGUGUGGUGAUUAAUAUACACAGUGUGUUUUUAAUAUCUGACACCUGUGUUAGUGGAGGCUUGUAAAAUUAGACCACACACACACACACACACACACACACACACACACACACACACACACUACUGUUAAGUUGCAUUAGCUCAGUGUUGAUCGCAGGCUCUGAAGUGGCUGCUGCUGUGAUGAAACCUGUGUGUGUGUGUGUGUGUGUGUGUGUGUGUGUGUGUGUGUGUGUGUGUGUGUGCUGUAUAAUCACACCACCCUUUAUCAGACUGAGAUCUGUUUAUUUAUUCUGUACAAAGUUCCAAAACAUCUGGAACAGGAACUCCUCUUGUCUUUGGUACAUGGUGGAGAUUUACAGAGUUGGAGAUUCACCUGAACGAGAAGAACCAAAUCUGUUCCAGCACUAAAUGCCGCUCCAUGGAGAUCUGCUUUCCAUGUUUUGGAAGAUGUGGAAGAUCUCCUGCUAUAGAACUCCAACCCUAUUGAACAUGGAUGAAUGUGGCUGAAAGAAUCUCCACAAAAUCCAGUGGAACAUCUUCCCUUAUUACAGCUGAUGAUAUCAGCACAUGGAGAUUAAUGUGGAAUGGGAUGAUGAAAAAGAGGCACAUAGCAAUCUUAUGGUCAGGUGUCCACAGGUUUCACCGUAUCGUGUACUUCGUUUGAAAUGAAUGGUGUGAAAAGUAGUGAAAUGUCUGUUUUUUUUAUUUUUAUUUUUUAUUACGCUACCUGAGAGUCGAAGCACUCCCUUCACACGAGUCACCACCCUGCUGUGAUCCAAACCGCCAGCAAGCGUUCCUAUUAACGGUUGCCAUAGUAACACAUUAUCAGUAGGUCUCACUACUAGGGUUUCACUUUUGACAAGUGUCUUCAAAUGGACAAACAGGUAACCCACGUCUAUGACGUCAUGUGACUCAUUCAACUCGAAACAAAUGACUUUAAAGUCCACACUACGGCAUCGAAUCGGGUUUUAGUUCCUCGCGAGAUCAAAAACGUUGUUGAGGGAAAAGAAAAGGUCCAAUACAUUCGAGGACAUUUUAUCUCGUCUGGUUCGUGCCGAUCUGCUCGUGCUGAGUUGGAAGAUGUUUGAUGGCUCAGGUGUAGGAAGAUCCGGUGGGAUUUAUUACACUAGAGGUUACUUCACUGAUGAGCAACAAUUCAAUCAGAUCAAAACCUGAUACUUUUUCCCCAUGAUGAUGAUGAUGAUGAUGAUGAUGAUGGUGUGUUUAAUCACUUUCUAUCUUCUAUUUUCAACUGAGCAGUUGAGGGCCUUGUUUAAGGGCCCAGCAGUAGCAGUUUGGUGUUGGUGAUGUUUGUAACCUUCCAAACCACAGUCCAAUACCAUAACCACUGAGCUUCCACCUCCCAGCUAGCGUGUUGCUAGGAGCUAGGUCAGCUAGCUGUGACGAGCGAGGUAUAUUUAUUUAACUGUUACAGAUUUGGCAACUUGAAAUCUCAAAUAAAUCGAAAGAUCAGAAGUCACUUCUGUGUUCACUCGAGCGGCCAUUUUGUUUUGACGUUAUUUUCUGAACUCAGGUUACGAGAACACGUUCCCGACUUCCCAAGCAGGAUUUCUGAUCGAUUGUGAAGUUGAUUUCUUCAUUGCUGUUUGAUUUAUUUGAUUUUCAAUCCCACCUUAGCUAAGGUUGACAAUCGCCAUGGUAACUGUAUCACUUCCCAGCCUCGCCCGUCACUUCUGCAAGUUCCUGUUUUGUUUAUUUAUUUUUUUUAAACAUGCCUUUUUAAAAAUAAACGUCUCCAUGUUUCGUAGAUGUAUCACCGCGUCGAGGUCUACGCACGAUACGGGGAAAAAAACAACGUUUUUGAAAUGAAAUACCACUGUAUGAAAUAAGCCCCGGUGUGGAGGCCUGGAAACAAUUGGGCGUCAUGGUUACGGCCAGAUGUAGCUCCUGUAAUGAUGUCAUCGAAACACGGCCUAGUGUUUGUAUUAUUAUUGUGAUUGUGUUUGUUUCUGCGCUAGGAACGCGCGUGUGUGUGUGUGUGUGUGUGUGUGUGUGUGUGCGCCAUUUAUGUAACUGUAGAAAGAAGCUGUUAGGCCUUGACUGGAGCGCUGUACAGAGGCCCGUGUAAGGGGAGGCUGUGUGUGUGUGUGUGUGUGUGUGUGUGUGUGUGUGUGUGUGUGUGUGUGUGUGUUCUUUCACGGGAUAGAGAGACCCUGUACGGAAGUAAAAGAAAGCGAGGAAGGAGGAGUCGCUCAUGCUCUUUGGUCAUGUAUGUUGUGUGUGUGUGUGUGUGCACAUGCUUGAGUUACAGUGGAAGACAGGAGUAAACACACGGGGGGAUUAGUGUUUUUGCUGAUACACACCGGGACUUGGAGUGACGCUGAUGUACGGUUGAUGGAGUCCACAGUUAGCACGUCCACGCAGGUGCCUGAUGAAUACGACCGCAACGUUCCACGGAUCUGCGGCGUGUGUGGAGACAAAGCUACCGGCUUCCACUUUAAUGCCAUGACCUGUGAAGGCUGCAAGGGCUUCUUCAGACGCAGCAUGAAGCGCAAGGCCAGCUUCACGUGCCCAUUCAGCGGGAGCUGCAGCAUCACUAAAGACAACCGGCGUCACUGCCAGUCCUGCAGACUCAAGCGCUGUCUGGAUAUUGGCAUGAUGAAGGAGUUUAUCCUGACUGAUGAGGAGGUGAAGAGGAAGAAAGAUCUGAUCCAGAAAAGGAAGGACGAGGAGGCGCAGAAGGUGGCGCAGAAGCCCCACCUCUCUGAUGAGCAGAGUGCGAUCAUCUCCUCGCUGGUGGAGGCUCAUCAUAAAACCUACGACGACUCGUACUCCGAUUUCACCCGCUUUCGACCUCCAGUGAGACAGGGUCCUGUUACACGCAGUGCCAGUCGAGCCGCUUCACUACACUCGCUGUCUGAUGCUUCUUCCGAUUCUUUUCGCCACUCACCUGAGUCGGGUGAUGGGAAGUUGAAUCUGAGCAGUAUGUUGAUGAUGUAUCAGGAACAGGGUUCUAGUCCUGACUCUAAGGAGGACGAGGGUUCGCGUUUGUCCAUGCUCCCUCACCUGGCUGAUCUGGUCAGCUACAGCAUCCAGAAGGUCAUCGGAUUCGCCAAGAUGAUCCCCGGAUUCAGAGAGUUGACGGCGGAGGAUCAGAUCGCUUUGCUGAAGUCUAGUGCUAUUGAGGUGAUCAUGCUGAGGUCCAAUCAGUCCUUCAGUCUAGAGGAUAUGAGCUGGUGUUGUGGGGGGGAGUUCAAGUACUGCGUUAAUGAUGUAACUAAAGCUGGCCACACUCUGGAGCUGCUGGAGCCGCUGGUGAAGUUCCAGGUGGGGUUGAAGAAGCUGAAUCUGCACGAGGAGGAGCAUGUGUUGCUGAUGGCCAUCUGCCUGCUGUCCCCCGACCGUCCCGGCGUGCAGGAUCACGAGCGUGUUGAGGUUCUACAGGAGCGUAUCUCAGAGGUCCUCCAGGCGUACAUCCGAGUGCACCACCGCGGCCGUCUGCUUUACGCUAAGAUGAUCCAGAAGCUGGCGGAGCUGCGCAGCCUGAGUGAGGAGCACUCAAAGCAGUACCGCACACUGUCCUUCCAACCCGAGCACAGCAUGCAGCUCACGCCGCUCGUCCUCGAGGUGUUCGGAGGACAGGUCACCUAGAGGUCAGGAGGAGUGUGUCGGGUGUGGACGUAUGGACAAUCCCCAUGAAACACACACACGCAGAGUGGGGGAAUGAUACGUGUGUGUGUGUGUGUGUGUGUGUGUGUGUGUGUGUGUGUGUGUGUGUGUUCUUUUUUUUAUCAUGGGCUCUAGUGUGUUUGUGAGCGCCAUGGCAACGCAAACCAUCUAUUCCAUAAACAUUAACGUGCAGUAUUACACUACAUUAUGUGUAGCUGUGUGUGUGUGUGUGUGUGUGUGUGUGAGUGUGAGUGUGAGAGAGAGUGAGUGUUGUAGCUCUGCUUGUCCACUACUACUGUCUCUUUUCAUCUACCAUUAAAAUGCACAUGACCCACACAGUCCAGCUGCUCAACCAAUCACAAUGCAACAAUUCACCCUCAAGCCCCACCCCCUUUAAGAGCUCUGAUUAGAUCUUGCACAAAAUCAGGUUCAGGCAAAAAUCAUUAUUUAUAUACAAAAAUUAUUAAUUUUAUGCGUGACUCGUUUAUUCCACCACAAAUCACUCGUGGAUUCAUGUGUGCUCACUAUGUAGCCACAAACAUGUCAUAACUCACAUAAACACCGUUAUAAUGUUAAUUAUGCAAAUUCUAUUGUCAUAAAGGACACUUUCCUGUGGAGAGUUUCCUUAUCAAACAAACAGGAGUCAUUAAAUUUACCUAAAUGACUCUGAGUCAUAUGGGCAAAUCUAUAAGAUUGACUCGGAGUCAUUUGUGCAAAUUUAUUAAUUUGACUCUGAGUCAUUUGGGCAAAUUUAUUAAAUAGACUCUAAAUCAUUUGGGCAAAUUUUAAUUCAUUCAUUCAUGUUCACAUCUUAUCAACUUUUUGUUAUUUUUUUAUGAUGGAUAUUAAUAAUUAUUAAUAAUCGUUUUUUUUAAGAUGUUUAUGAUGCCUGCAGAACCGAUUUCUGAUCACACUUUGACUCACUGAAUGAAAUGCAAUAGAAUCAGGAAGUCUCAAAAAAAUAUUCACUUUUGUGGAAUCUACGUCUUCCGGUUUCCUCCAUUUCUCACCUCAUCGUAUUCAUGUUAACUCACGUAGUACAGUCUCUGAGUACACUACGUUACUCUCGCAUUUCAGGGCUUUUCUAUUGCUGAAUUCAAAUCCAGAAUGGCUUCCUGUACACUGUGUGUGUUCACUACAGGGUGUAUAACAUGGGGGUGUUAUAGAGCAUUUAUAAGAAGGCUUUCAUAAGCUACAGACUUUAAUCUUUAUUUUUGUCCUUCUCCUGUACCGAACAAUACACGAGUCAUUUAUUCAAAUAUAGUAAAUGAUCUACUUUCAGAUCAAAUAAACAAAUCCAAAAUGUUUUAAAAGCAGUAAAAAGCCAUAAAAUCUAAAUGCAAUAGAAAAAACAAGGAGUUUGAGGAAUCUAUUUUUAAUAACAUGAGCGCUAAAUGUGACUAAAUGACUCGUGGAGUUGGACUCGGAGUCAAGUUCGAACCAUGCUUGAUGAGUUUGUAUUUAAUGAUGGAUUUCUCACGAUGUUGAGAUUGAAAAGCAGAACAUCACGGUGGAAAAAUGCAAUCUACAACCCAGACGCUUAAACAAUCUCCAUCCCAAAGGGCCUUUCUCCAUUUCUUUGCUCCUUCUCGCUCGGUGUAGAAAGCGAGUGAUGCUGUGAGGUGUGUAUGAGUGGCUCAGCGAUCCGUCGCCGACAGUUUUGACGUUGAGCUUUAAAAGAAAAACGUGUAAAUACUACGACUAUAUAUCCUUUAACGUUAUAUCCUUAGAGCCUACACGUAUAUAAUCUUACUCUCUGAGCUGGAACGUGUACAUAGAGCCGAGUUCCUCUUUACGCUCGGAUUACGAUCAGCGUGUGAGAUCUCGCAGGGGUUUGAGGUCGAACUGUAGUUUCUUUAGGACGCUGUUGUAGAGAACAGAGAUGUUUUCAAGCUUGGGAACAGCGACGCUUUGUUUUUCCGAUCACCAUCGUACGUCGCUUGUCAUCGCUGUAGAAUCUCACGUGGAGAACGUCGCUGUGACGUUGCUCCGCUUAAAACUGAAUCUCCACCGCUGGAGCUCUCGGUUGUGUGUGUGUGUGAGACGUAGGUAAUUAAGGUAAUUAGUAAUUAAAGGUAUUUAUCUCAUUGAUAUAAAUGAUGGAAGUCUAAGAGCAGAUGUUGGCAAAAAAAAAAGCACCCCGAAAAACUGUAUGUAAUUAUUUUCGUAAAUGAGCUAGCAACAGCUAGCAAUCCAGAGCAGCGACUUGUGAUGCUAGUUACAGCUUAGCGGCUUCUACAAAGUUGUCAUAUAGCAGUUUUUUAAGCUAAAUGUAACCAUGGCAACGACGUCCAUUCAUCUACAAACCAGUCAAAUCACGAUACGUUAAAACGCUAGCUAGCUAAAAGUACCCAUGGCAAAGACUUCUGUCAAAUCAUGCCAAGCUAGCUAGCUAAUCAUUGUCAUGGAUACUGCCUCUGAAGUGCUACAAGCAUGUUAUAUCACAGUAUUUUAUCUAGCUCAAUGUAACCAUGGCAGCGAAUUUUGACAAGCCUGUUAAAAAUGUUAGUUCAUGAAACUGCUGGAUUAAAGUUACCAUGGCGACAUCUUCACGUGUGACCCGAGUCAGAUUGCCAAACCUUAUCCAGCUAAAAGUUACCACGUCCUGUCGUGUCAUGCUAGCUAGGCGAAAGGUAACCAUGGAAAUACAAGAUGUUAGCUACCUGAAGGUAACCAUGGCAACACACUUGUGCCACUGGAAAACAUUGUUUUAUGGCGUAAACACGAUUAAACGUGAGAUAAAAAAACAACAGAAAAAAAAUCAUCUGCCUCUUGACUUGUAUUAUAAGUGACUCUGACGUGAACUUAUUUUUAUCAUCAGUAUGGAAGCAGUCCAUGCUUUACACACACACACACACACACUCAGGAGACACGUGGGCGCGAGUUUCCCUUUAACGCUCUGUAGAGGAUUUGCUGCUCUCUGAUUGGUUAAUGAAGCUACGUGACGUUUUGAUGCCAGUGUUCCUCAUAAUCCUGCUCCUGUACAGUCGCUUGCUGUUGUGAAAUCCGGUCACGAGGACGUGUGUGAGGUAGUUGAUGAGGACGGACUCGGACGAGGCGCUCGAGGAUCCGUGCUGCGUUCAGAGACGCUGAGAUUUCAUUCUCCGUUUUAUUCUUCAUCGUCGUCGUUCUUCUGUCGGACGUCUCAUUCAGUCCGACGCCCUCUGCAGGAGGAUGUCUUGUGGUUCAGCAAAAGUGUGUGUGUGUGUGUGUGUGUGUGUGUGUGUGUGUGUGUGUGUGUGUGUGUGUGUGUGUGUGUGUGUGAAGGAAAAAGGGUGUGGUCAGGUCGCCGUGGUGAUGGCAGGCUGAAGCUCAGGGUCGAUGGCAGAAUGUUUCAUCGCUUUUUUAUUAGAAAAAUUGAUUAUGAUGCUCAGUGCAUAAGGAAAAUGAGAAAAUUCGGAAAGCUGAGUGUGUGUGUGUGUGUGUGUGUGUGUGUGUGUGUGUGUGUGUGUGCAUGUAUAGGAAGACUGUUAAGCACUUAUCUAUUCACUAUGUAUGUUGAUAUUUCUGGGCGUGGCUUAGCCUAUCUGUGUAUGUGGGUGUGUGUGUGUGUGUGUGUGUGUGUGUGUGUGUUAAAGAUAAAACCUAUAUUUUAUAACCCAGUCCAGAGUUAUUUGCAAAUUAUAAUUUAGUCCAGGCACUUAAAAAUCUUCACCUUCAAAAUUUUAGAUCCAUGAAUGUUUAAUUUAUAAACUUUAAUCAUUAUUUUAUUUAUUCUUCUCAUUUAUUCAUAUUUCAGUUGUAUUUAAUCGCAGGACUACACAGAUCCCUUUAUUGUUCUGCCUGGUUUCUUCGAGAUCGUGGUGACGUGACGAUUGAUCUUUAUGGACUUAUGAUGCAUUGAUGCCGCGUUUAUUUGUUCCUCCAAUUGGAGCUUUUUGUUUUAAAAUUUGGAUCCGUUUUCUAAUGUUGGUAACAAAACAAACAAAAAAAAAAAGUACAGAUUUGAUUAAAGACUAUUUAAGGAUUUUUUUUUCACUUUAAAAUCGUUUCUCAACAAUUUUUUUAUUUUUAUUUCAAUCAAAAUAUUACCACUUUAAUGUAAAAUUUCUACGACUUAAUCUCCUAAUGUUAAAUUAGUAUUUCUUUUAAUAUGGCACUAAAAUUCCAUCGCAUACGUUUAACAGAGAACAUAAUAGAAAUAAAAAUAAAAUAAUUCAUUAAAAAAGCUAUAAUAAACAAAUGUGCUUUGAGAUACUUUUUUUAUUUUCACAUUACUAUUUUUUUAUAUUAUUAUUAUUAUUAUUAUUAUUAUUAUUAUUAUUUGUGAUAUAGAUUUGAAAAAAAAAUACAGAAUACAGAAAAUCACGUUAGAUGUUAAAUUCUUAAACGCGGCAUAAAUUGCAACAUGUUGAGCACGUGGACCAAUCAGAGCAUGACCCACAGGCACCAAGUUCUUUCAUUGCUCAACAGAGACAAUCGAAUUAGAACACUUUUAUACACAGGAAGGCUUUUCUGAUUGGUUUCGAGAAAUCAGAAUACAGAAUUGAAUUCACUGAUCCAGGUUUGAAAGCCAGGUCACAUGACCACAGCUCUAUUGUGCAGUUUUGAUUGGAUAUCGAUUGGGCCAAUCAGCAGCCAGGAAUCGUGAAGGUGCAGGGAGUUUUUAUUGUUAUUUUGCAGGAAAUUAAGUUUCGAUGCAGGAAUCCUGAAAUGUUUUAGGGUGUUAUGAGCGUGUUGGCCAGCAGAGGGCGCAGGGGGUGUUUAUACAGUUCUAGAAACACAACCAGAGUUAUAUUUUUACAUUUUUCCACAAAUUUCCUUCCUCAGUGUGCAGAAGAACGAAGUGUAAAAAAAAGCUGUUUAUCUGUUUAAAAUUAUUUUUUUAAUUAAAUGUGAAAAAAAAAAAAUCCUGAAAUUGACGAUUACUAUUAAUUACAAUCGCCUCAACCCUCUAUUGUGCAGCCCUCACUACAGCCCGUACCUGUGUGUGUGUGUGUGUGUGUGUGUGUGUGAGUGUGUGUGUGUGUGAGUGUGUAAGUGUGUCGAUAUGCUGUAAUGUGAAUUAGUAAUCACUUUCUUUCACUCAGACAUUAAAGGAAAAGUCCAGUCUUUAAAACAUUUUUUUAUUCUAACAUGAUCUAUUUAGAUUGUGCUACCAUGAUUUUAUUUGAAACACACACACACACACACACACACACACACACACACACACACACACAAACAGGAGAAGAAUUCUGGCUAAUCCACAAAACUAAACCCGGGACUGUUCCUUUAACUUGUCUUUCUCUCUCUCUCUCUCUCUCUCUCAAUAAGUGCUGCUUGUUUCUGUUCGCAGGUUUUAUGUUUUUGAGUUUAAACUGGAAAACGUAGUCAGAUUUCAGUCGGAUGUUUUUAUUUGUUGAGAGGAAUUUUAGUGAAAAACAAAGAAAAACACAAACGAUCACAACAACGCAACACCAGCAUUCACUCAUAAACACCAAACUACUAGACACAGAACCAGUCAGUAGUUUGUGCUUCUCCUUCAGUGUUCUUUCUUUAUCUUUUAUUAUUUUCAUCACUGUACAUUAAUAUUAAAGAAUACAAACUAUGAAGGAAAACAUCUGGAAUUCUGUAGUAAACAAAAGCGUGUUAAAGAACCCAGAAUACGUUUUAUAUCUUCGAUUCUUCCACCUUUAGCUUUGUUAAGAGCUUUGCGUACUCCUGCUAUUCUCUCAUCAGCCUCAUGACGCCGUCACCUGAAAUGGUUAAGGAGUUCCCAGAGGUGUUGAGUUCUUGUUGGCUGCUUUUCCUUCACUCUCCGUUCCAACUCAUCCCAAACCAACUCAACUGCGCUUAAAAUUUGGACUCAUCGGACCAAAGGGCAGUUUUCCACUGAUCUCUACGUCCAUUCAUUUUAUAUUUGGUUCAAACAGGUCUCUUCUGCUUGUUGUUCUUCUGAAAUAAUAUUUUUUUAGCCGCAAUUCAACUCCAGACGUCUGACUGACGCAGUUUCCUUUGAACAGUGAAUGAUGAAAUACUGGAUACCUGCCACUUAAGCAUUUAUGUAAAUUAACGGUUUGUGAGGCUGGUAAUUUUAAUGAACUUAUCCUCUGCAGCAGAGGUAGCUCUCGGUCUUCCUUUUUUCUGGAACGGUUCUCAUGAGAGCCUGUUUUAUUAUACGUUUCAUAGAUUUGGAGACGGCACUUGGUUGAUUGACCGAGCUUCAUUUUCUUACAGUAAUGAUGGAUCUUUUUUCUUUCCUUUAGUGUUUUUUGUAAUAAUAUGGAUUUGUACAGUAGUUGCAGUUUCACUAAUAGUGAUUUUGGGCUUCUGCACAAGACGACUGAUGCUGUACAGCACAUUAGGAAGGUAAGAAGCAUCACAAAUGAGCUCUUGAUAAGACACACCUGUGACCUGAAACCCAUUCCAGGUGAAGACCUCGUGAAUCUAAUGAGAGAAUGCUGUGAGUUUGCUAGACAGCAUCAAAGCUACAUGGAGCCACUUUAGACGAUCUAAAAAAUAAAACAUAUUUUGGGUUCUAUAACACGUUUUUGUUUACUACAUAAUUCCAGAUGUGUUCCUUCAUAGUUUGAUUCUUCAGUGUUAAUGGGGAAAGAUGAAAAUAAUAACAAUGAAGAAAAACCACUGAAGCAGAAGCCAAACUACUGACUGGUUCUGUAACCGUCAUGGUGAGGAGGGUGAUGAUGAUGACUUUUGAUAACGAUGUUUGUUUUAUUGUUUUUAUUUCGAGUCCAAAGGGUAAACCAUGAUGAACUACCUCACUCAGCUACACACGCAUGUGAUAUAUGGUUUUGUUUUUUUUGUAUUUUUUAUGAUCGGUGUUUGUAUUUAUUGGCGCCGUGCCUCGCAUACGGCCGACUCGAGUACCUCAGACUUUAGCGUGUUUCCCGCAGUGACGCGACUCGCCUUAACACAGCAUUACAGCGCCUCCUAUUAUUAUUAUUAUUAUUAUUAUUAUUAUUAAUAAUUCUCUGUUUUUUCUUUCUUUUCUUUUCUCUUCAGUCACAGAACUACAGACCUGUGGGUCAAAAGACGAAAUCGCAAUAAAUCAUUCAAUUAAUAA